GGGAGAGUAUCGACCGACGGUAUAGCGUUGUUGUCGGGAUUACAGAAGCGUCGCUGGUUACAGCAGUCGAGCCAAGCUGUUUUCCCUGGUUUAUUCAGUUAUAAUGCUCGAUUUCGAUUUGAAGACGGCAGAAAGCCUGCAGUGAUAUACUGUAGCACUCCAGCAGUGAAAGAUGACUGCUGGUUCGGUUGUUGCGCCUCAGAUCAUUCCAAUAAGAGUCCCCCUGCCUGGGCAGGCAAAGCACCAGAUAGACACCAUCACACCCAUAGAGAUAAAGUCAGAUACUCCCGAUGUCAAUAUAUACUACACCUUGGAUGGCACUAAACCUGAGGUGCUGAAGAAACCGGGUUAUGGGGAGAACAGUACAUUAAAAUACCGGGGGCCUGUAAGACUGCCUGAAGGCAAAGUCACAGUGAAAGCCUUGGCAGUCACCAGUAAUGGCAAGGAGAGUGCAGUUGUCACCAAGUACUUUGUCGUGGAUUAUAUUCAGUCUAACCCAUUGCCCUCCACUGAAGACGAUGAACACAAUUUCCUCAAAGAAUAUGCCAAAGAGCUAUCCAUACAGGAGUCCCAGGAAGGCAUAGCCGCCACUGGAGGUGGGCUGAAGAUGGGGAUGAACCGGAAAGUGGAAACAGCCUGGGAUGAGACAACUCGGAAAUAUCAAGCCAUGACGAUCGAGGGCAGCAGCACCCACAAGUCCCCCAAGGGCCCUCGCUUUCUCAACUCCCGCCUCGGCACCCCGUCUCAUGGGCAACAUCCGAACCCCGCCCCACAGACUCACAGGUUACAGACUGCUGCAUCCGUAGACAGCGCUCGUAAAAGUUUAACCAGCACUCAGAUCCUGCGAAUCCAAAGAGAAACGGACUUCCUCAGGUGUGCACACUGCUUGGCUCCCCGUCCCUCAGACCCCUUUGCCCGCUUCUGUCUUGAAUGCGGUUCCCCAGUGCCGCCGAUUCCCGGGAAGCAGCUCCCUCCCACCGAAGGAGGGCAGGUGGGAUUAUGCGUUGAGUGCAAAACUAUGGUUCCAAUGAACACCUCAACAUGCAUAGUCUGCGAGGCCCCUAUAGCACCCCAGCUGCAGCCGCAAGCCAGCAUCCGACUGAAGGACAAGAUCAUCUGCAGAUCGUGUGGAACCGGAAACCCUCUAAACCUCACACACUGUGUCACCUGUGAGAGCAGACUGUCUGAAUCACAGAGCUCUGUGUUCUGCGGAGAGUCUGCACCUCCACUGCUCAGCUCAACAGGGAAGAUGCUGUCCUGUUCCAAGUGUAGCCGCAUCAACACCUCCAACGCUCGCUUCUGUGACUGGUGUGGAGCCAAGCCCAGUCCACCUGUGAGCUACCUGACCUGCUCCAAGUGCGGGGCAAGCAGCCACCCCUACGCCCACUUUUGCGGCUCCUGUGGGGUGUACCUGGAGGCCCCGCCCAGGCUGGACUCCCCCAUGGGCCAGGCAAAUACCUCAGACCUGCAGGCCGCUGCUGCUGCCACUUGGCAGCCCCUGAGCAUCCCACUGCCCAGGCCAAAUGCAGAGCAGGCUGGGAAAGUAGACCAGCAAACCCAGACUGUCGGCCUAUUUUACCCCUCCGGCAGAAUCCUGGAGAAGGCGGCGCAGGACACCAUUGAGAAGAAGGAGAAGCAGGAGCAGAUGAGAGAUCGCAAGCCUCUCGCCACCGCUGUCAGCCCCGGCAGAGGUUACUGGAGAAAGCAACUGGAUCACAUCUGUGCUCAUCUUCGAAGCUACACUCAGAAUAACACAGAGUUCAGAGCUCUGAUCGCAGAGCCCCGCAUGGGAAAGAUGAUUUCAGCAGUAGUUCAUGAAGAUAAUUAUGAAGUUAGCCUGAGGAUUAAUUUUGUUUUGGCUGAAGACAAGAACGGCCUGACAGGAAAGCCGCACAAGCUGUUGGAGAAUAACUAUCUGAGCAGCGUGACAGAGGGGAGAAGCAACCUCUACAGCAGUCACACCAGUCUAGCGAGUGAGAACAGUGCUGAGGGGGCAGGCGUCGGAAAGAAAAAUAAAAAGAUAAAGAAGAAAAGGAAGGUAUUAGAGAGAGAAGACAAACUACCCCCUGAGGACAGGCAGCUCCUGAAGGAAGUGGGUCCUGGUGGGAAAGGGAGGAUCUCCACAGUACAGCAGCUCCUUGAAGAAGGAGCAGACCCCAACUGUCUCACCAAUGACAGCCGGCCGGCUUUAACAGUGGCUGUACUGAACAAGCACCAUGAGGUGAUCCCUGUUCUUGUUCAGACGGGGGCAGAUACUGACCAGCAGUCAGGAAUAGUGAAUAACACGGCCCUCCAUGAGGCGGCUUCACUUGGAAACCAAGGAUUGCAGUGUGCUGAAACAUUACUGGGCUGUAAUGCAAGUAUUAGGAAAAAGAACGACAAAGGAUUUACUGCUUACGAUCUGGCUGUGAAGACUGGCUGUGAACCUCUCAUUUCUCUGUUUGCUGCGAAAAUGGGCCAGGGUAUGUUGGACAAACUUUCCAAGCCCAGGAAUGUUAAUUUAGAUGGAUUUUAGCUGUACUGGAGUAACGCAGCAGUACUAAAAGAGCUAGAAGUCUUUCUUAAUGUGUGAAGAUUUGUCUGUCAUAAAACGUUCUACAUUUUAGUAUCACUUCAUGUCCUGAGGUAAUACAGACGCCUUUAUGUGUUUGUUUUGCUCUUUGUAACAUUGAUUGGCUACUCAGCAAGUCAGCAGACAGGCUCUGUUGGUUGUGUGCUUAUGGUUUUGGUUAAGUGGUUGAAACAGAGGGGUGGAGGAUGUUAAGGGGAAAAAUAAACCACUCUUCAUCUGAUGGCAGAUCCUGAAAACAUCAAUGUGGUGAAUGUUGUUAUUCCAGCCUGCAGAAUGCUUUACCUUUUUAUUGAUAUAUUUAUUACUGAAGUGAGAUCUACUACAAUUAAUCAGAAUAAAAAUGUGUAUUUUCAGUUUUAUUUUAAUUUUGUACCAAAUUUAUCAAGUUGCUGUGCUUAUGCUGAAAUAUAUUAAAUCCUAAAGCAAUACGUACAUUGGAUUAUAUAUAGGUUGAUUAAAUCAACAAUGCAGACCUUUGCUAAACUUCUCCUAAAAAGCAGGUGAAAUAAAUGCAUUAAGUUUG